UUGAAAAACUCCACAAAAAAAAUGUGAGUUAGCAGUAAAUGGCGUCGCAAGUUGUUUUUUAUCGCGAAUCAAUGUGUUUCUCGCCGUUUUGUGAAAUUGCAAACUAUUACCACGUUGCCAGUGUGUCAUUUGUUAGUGGCGUGGUUAUUUAAGUGACGAAACCAGCGUAUGUUUUGUUGAUACCAGCGUUGGCUUCUAAACAAUGGCGUCCAGUGGCCCGCUGGAUUCCAAUGUAAAAGUUGGUGAAAAUUGCGAUAAUACUGACGAUUACUUCAGUGGAAGUAGCGAUGCAGACGCCGGCGAAGCCACUAAACGUCGUCGGGUGACGCACGACUAUCGAAAACUUUCGAAACUGGGAUAUGAUCCAACUAUGUCAACCACUUCGAGACAGGGCUCUACAUCGGAACCUAAAGGAAAAAAGCGUAAGGUCAGCAUAGACUCAAACGAGCUCUGUGUCUGGGGAGACAACGUCAAGCCCGCCAAGCUCACCAAGAUCUGGCCGGUCUUCGACUCCGGAGGGUACGGCGACGCGGCCGUCCUGACUCUCCACGUCCUGCAGAAAACCCCCCCUGUCCACAACCCCCUACUCUUCAAUGAUAGCUUCAGCCUCUCCGCCCUUCAAGACUUCGGCUUAAAUGCCUCUUGGAGACAGACGCAGCUGAAUAAAAGCUUCCCAAAUGAUGAAGUCACUAGAAGAGUCUUCGGCUCAGUAUCCAGACAGCUAAAGAUAAUCAACACGCAUUUUCACCAAUCCAUGUUCAAAUACAAAUACCCAAGAGUGACCCAACAAAAUGUCUUACUGGAAAACACAGUUAGAAGACCAGCGCAUUACAGCUUGACUAUGAAAGCUAUUCGCUUCCAACCGACUCCGAGGAGAACCUUGCCUUGUUAUGGAAACUUGGAGUUACCAUUUAAGGUUAAACAGGAGAUGGGGACUGCGCCGCAGAUAUUUGUGACGAGCGGGAGGAGUGUUGGGGACAAUGUGGAUGUUAAAGUGAAAGUGGAGGAUAGGGUUAAAGUGGAAAAGGAGAAGGAGAGAGAUAAGGAAAAGGAGAGGGAAAAAUCAUCCCACUCGUCUCGUCACUCGUCGUGUCACCACUGCCGGCGGCGGGCGCGGAUCAAGCGCGCGUCCAUCGGCGUGCAGUGCCGCCGCCCCGCCGCCACCGCCGUCACCGCCGUCACCGCCGCCGUCGUCGCCAUCGCCGACCCCAGGGACGACCACCCCACGCUCAAGGGACUCAAGUACCACAGACUAAUGCGGGUAGACACACAUCCAAACGGUGGCGCUAGUGUUGUCUAUUUGCAUCAGAGGGACGUCGAUAUGCUGUCUGCGAGUCAGCAGGAAUCGCUCGCCAAAGAAUUCCUUAAGCUAGUAUUCUCUGAGGACAGCGAAGGCUGGGCGCACCACGUCUGCGGCGUAGUACGAGGAGCUGCCGGCGCCUUCCCCUGCCUCCUGCAGUACUUAGCCGACACACAUCCUAAUCUCACCGUCAAGGCUGGUGUCUUAGCGAGAGCGUCGGAUAUAGAGACCACUACCAUCAGUCGGUAUUACCAGCAGGUGCAACAAUCGUACGCGGCGGGUACAUUUCGCUGCGGCCCCCUACACCAGAUCUCACUUGUGGGCACUGUGCAUGAAGAAGUGGGCGGCUACUUUCCGGACAUGCUGAGAAUGCUAGCCGCCAACCCUUUUCUUAAUCUGACAAUGCCGUGGGGCCCGAUGUCGGCAGUGGAGAUGGAGCCGCAGGAGUCCAACGACGGCCCCAUCCUGUGGAUCCGCCCCGGCGAGCAGCUCGUGCCCACGGCGGAGCUCGGCAAAAGCCCUAUCAAGAAAAGGCGGACGGGUAUCAACGAGCUCCGCAACCUGCAGUACUUGCCGCGCUACAGCGAGGCGCGCGAGUUCCUGUUCGAGGACCGCACGCGCGCGCACGCCGACCACGUGGGCCACGGGCUCGACCGCAUCACCACCGCGGCCGUCGGGGUGUUGAAAGCCAUCAAUUGCGGCGGCGACGAGGGCCGCGGCCGCAUCACCAAAGACGUGGUCGCGUUCCACGCGGCCGACUUCAACAAGCUGGUGCAACUGUUACAGUUGGACCUCUACGAGCCGCCCAUCUCGCAGUGCGUCACGUGGCUAGAAGAAGCUAAGCUUAACCAACUGCGACGGGAGGGUGUCCGCUACUCUCGCCUUCCGCUCUGUGACGAUGACAUUUACUUUCUGCCACGGAAUAUUAUCCAUCAGUUCCGGACAGUUUCAGCCGUAACUUCUGUUGCGUGGCACCUGCGGCUGAAGCAGUACUACCCGGCCUCCGAGGCGUCCUCACCGGCCGACGAGCGCCGAGCGCCCGAAACUCCGCCCGUACAGACUGAACCGAAGACAUCAUCAACAACCAAACACAAAGUGGGUGUCAUUGAAAUGCGAGCGCUCAGCGCCAAAUUCCAGGAGCAACCCGCUUUGAAAAUAGCAGAUAACAGAAAAAGCACAGAAACUCAAACCAAGACCGAAAAAACAGAAGAGAAGAAGGAGAAAAAAGUUUCUGGAGAGAAAGAGAGAGACAGAAUGGAACGGACAGAUGGAACUGCUAAAGUGGAGCGGUCAGAUGACAAACACAGAAAGGAUGAUAAGCAUAAAGAACACAAACAUGACCAUCAUAGGAGACACUCGUCGUCAAGUCGACACAAGUCGAGCCAUCAUAAGUCCGAGCGUCGUGACAAGUCUAAAGAGCGCAGGAAAGAGAAGGAGCAUAGGAGGGAUGAGAAAAAAGAUAAGCAUAAGGAGAAGGAGGUAAAACAGGAGAUAGUGAAUCGUGCGCCGGACUAAUAGUGUAGUGGGGGGGAGUCAAGCCCUACGUACAAAGGUAUGUACAAGUAAACUACUGCCGACGGACGUCAAGAGUUUAGUACGUUGACCUUUCGUUAUCUACCGAAUGUUGGGCGCCAAUGUAACGUUGUAUAUUAAGCGCCACUUGCACCAUCCCACUAACCCGGGGUUAACCGGUUCGGUAACUCGGUGGUGGCUUUAUAAGGAAAGAGUUGUUCCUCAAAAAAAUAUAAUUUAGAUCAUUAUGUAUGUAUAUCACCUUAUACGCAGGGCUUUAUGUAAGUUGUGUGUUUGACUCGGACAUGAACUGACUGAUUUUAAUAUGUAUUUAAAACUGAAUGGUAAAUGUGUGUACUUUUACCAAGAAUAUGUGACGUUCUUAAUCGAAAGGUACCACUUUGUCGCUCACCAUAAAGACGAAAUUUUCUUGUAUUGUAUCAUUAUACGAAUAAACCUGUAAGAGCGACAAUGUGGUACCUUUUGGUUUGAGAACGUCACAUAUUUUUUCAAACUGUUUCAACAUCGAAGUAACUUAGUAUCGAUAUUUGUUACUCUGUUGGUUACUUUCUUGUACAGACGCCAUCAGAUAUAUCUUAGCGGCCGAGGUGCUCAAAAAUAUCUGAACACGCACUCUAACGCCUUGACAAUGAGGACAACCGUUUUUGUGCUCACCAGUUGGCGCCACUGUAGAUGUAGAUCCAGAAAAACAGAUCUCAAAAUUCUUUUAUGCUUAUUUUUAUAAAGUCAAUACGUAAUAUACACAAAGGUAUUUUAACGUCUAAAUGUGCCAUUUUUUCAACCUGUUUAAUUUUGCAUAUAUUUUAGUUGGCACUUUUUGUAAACCACUAACAUUUUUUGAGCUAUAUCUAUUGUUUCCCAUGAUUAAUCAAAGAUGGACAAAGAUUUACCACAAAUUAUGAAUAAGGAGUGAAAAUUCCCGAUAAAAAAGCUUGAAACCCCCAAAACUUUACAUUUGACAUUUUGAAAGACCUCCAUCUACACAAGCGCCCCUAGCGGCGAAAUUAAACGCGGUUGCCCUCAUAGAGGCGUGUUCAGAUAUUUGUGAGCAUCUCGGCCGCUCCGAUAUAUCUGAUUGCGACUAGCUCGAAAUAUCUGGUAAAGGUAAUGUUUGGACAUUUAUGAUAAUUUACUUCAAUAAUACCGCUAUUCAAACAUCAAACAUUUAUUCAGCAAAUAUGCCACAGGGGUACUUUUACAUGUCAAUUUUUACAAGCAAAUUUAACCAAAAUUUACAAAAAAACAAUUACAAAUAUGGAGUUCGAAACGUCGGGAUGUAUUAUAAAUUCAAUAUACGCGAUAUAAUCCGUUUUCAUAGUUUUAUUUCAUGAGUAACUAUCGCGGUAACCGAAGACAAUAUUACAAAUAUGGAAUCAAUAAAUAUAAAUAUUACGAAAUAUUAUAUAGAAAAUCCUUUGGCCGUUGGAAUUAGCUCCAUGCAUGAAUUUAUUUUUAUUUUUGGAUUCAUAAUUUAUAUCGUUGGAACACCGGAAAUGAUAAAAAUACUUUUGUAAACCUUAACAUUAUUUUAUUAAAAAAUAUUUAAAAUGUUGAAAAUUUUUGAGCGGUUGAAACGCUCAUAAUUUUUGCCGCGAAUUCGACAGAGCGUGAUGACGUCACACGUUGGGCGGCCCAACUGACGUUUGCUACUAAUGACACUAAUCUGUCGAACGCGUGUCGUCACGUGGCGUUUCGAGCGUUUCGCUCACUAGCUUUUCGCGGGCAAAUUUUUGUACUUUUUAUUUAUAAUUUUAAGUAAUUAAAUGGUAAUUUAAAAACGGAAAUGCAUUUGUAACAUGAUAUAACGGUAACAAACAUCCGAAUAAAACAUAUUUCGUUAUAAGAUGAUUUCACUUGUUGAUAUGGAUUGGAACAAAGAAUAACUUCAUGUGUUGCUCUGUAAACAAAGAUUUAUUAUUUUAUAAUACACGGUUUAAUUUUAACCCACACUGUAUGUACUAAUACUAACAAUACCGACCUGUAAACAAAGAAACGACAUUUAAAGUUUAUUCCUGCUUCAGUCACUCCUUUCUCAAUAACAAAUUCCAAAAUUAUAACGGCGAUAAUUUAAAGCGGCAUUGCAAUCUACGUACAUAACCUCACUUCACAAUUUUGACGUAUGACGUGUGACACAGACAAAAGUGACAGGUCAAAGCCAAGUAUGGCCACAUUAAAAAAGUAAACGAUAUCGUUUAUUUUUUUACAUAUAAACUUCAUGCAUGAGGCUAAUUGUAUCAGUAUGAUAAAGGUAAGCCAAUAUGUAAUUAUAACUUUAUCCCACAAUAUGAUACUCAUACUCACUCAUUUGCUGAUAAUAAUAUUACAUCAUCUAAUUCCUCUGAAAAUGUCAAAGCUUUUCGGCAAAACAUAUGUAUCGUUUUCAAGUAAAAGGUACCACAUUGUCGCUUGCCAUAAGGACGCUCCGACAGGUUUUCCGUAUAAAGAUACAAGUAAUUUUAUCUUAGUACGCGGCAAUGUGGUACCUUUUUUAUUGAAAACGUCACAUAUGUCCUUUGCUCCAUAAGCAUAUGGUCUAUAUGUGCCAUUUUCAACCAAAAGGGUACUUAUUGUCGGUUGUCAAUAAGGCACUAUUUCCAUAUACCUUCAAACCUUCAAGAAAAGAGCGUAUUCCCAUCUUAAAGGCCGGCAACGCACUUACAACCCCUCUGGUGUUGCGGGUGUCCAUGGGCGGCGGUAAUCGCUUACCAUCAGGUGAUCCGUCUGCUCGUUUGCCUCCUAUUUCAUAAAAAAAAAAUCAAAAUCAACCUUGUCGACAAGCGACAAUGUGGUACCUUUUGGUUGAAAACGUCACAUAUUAUUAGUGUUCAAACAUUGCCUUCAAUCUGUCUAGAAACUUAUAUCUUAGACUAGAGUAACCAUAGCAGUAAACAAUGACAAUAUACCUAGAUUCCUUGCAGUAAGGUGCAUUUUCCCUCGUCUUUACCCAUGCUUUGUCCUGAGUCAUAAGUAUAAACGUGUACAUAGUUAGACUUAAGAGGUCUCCUAGAGGCUAAGAGGAAUGAAUGAAAGCGCAGUUCCUUAUUUAAAACCCAGUGAUUUUUCCUCUUAUUUGAUGAUUAAACUAACAAUUUUAACAAUUAAAAGUUAGAAGAAAAUAAGUUUUUUUGGCGAAAUGGCUUCCGUUUUCUUUUUUCCACUGCGUCGUGUGAUUUGAAAGAUUUUACGAAAAUGAUUAUAGUUAUAAAAUUUUAAAUAUGAUAAAAUUAUUCACACAAUAUUUCUAAAAGUUGCACUAAGAUUAAAUAUAUAUUCAUAUAAAGCAAAGACGCUUUCCACAUAGACUCCUGUACAUGGACCCGCCUGUUGCUAUCUCUAUCGCACGCGCAUGAUUAUAUUGCUGUCCCGCCCAUGAUGCCGGUUGUCAAUGUCACUGUGCGAGCUUGACAGCAAUAUAUAAUUAUGCGCGUGCAAAAGAGAUAGCAACAGGCGGGUCAACGUACGCAAAUCUAUAUGGAAAGAGUCUCCACUUUAGAUUAAUUAAGUAGUAGAUUUUAAAGAUGUUUUGUGAUUUUUUAGUGUAAGUCCACCAUUUUGUAUUGUUGUGGCCACUAUGCGUUUAAAUUUAUUAAUUACUGAAAUUACAUGUACAUUAUGUGUAUUUGAGUUAGAAUUCGCUUUUUUUUUAUUACACAAUAGUGGUCAUAAGUUAAUCUUGUAAAUUCAUAAUCGAAAUUUCUGAAACGUAUUUAGCAUAGUGGAAAUGUUUUUUAACAUAUUUCUAAUAACAUCAGUUAGUACCUAUUGUCACCGCACCAAUUGAAAAAAAUGUACUUUCCCAUUAUAUAGAUUAUGGGGUGUUUUUUCUAUCCUUAGCCGAAGUCGCAAAAAUGAAAGAUGUAACAGUGCAGUAAGAUAAAUGGGCGUUUUCUAAAAUAAAUGUGCCAUUUUCAAUCAAAAGGUCUAUUCUCGCUUGUUACUAAGGCGCUAUUUCCAUAUAGCUUUAAUUAGAAAUCAACCUUAUCGACAACCGACAAUGUGGUACCUUUUGGUUGAGAACGUCACAAAUAUUGAAAACCUGAUUCUCACAGAUCCUGGUGUUUUCGGGUUAUUUCUACUCAGAAUCAGGAGGAGGAUUCGAUUUAAAAAGAAAAAACACAUACAUUUUGUAUGGGCCGUUACAAAACUGACACCCAAAGUUUUUAUGAAAUACUGGGGACACUUUUCUUCACACUUUUUUGUCUCAUUCAAUAGUGUCUCAUUCUGAGUCUAAAUAACCGAAAAGUCGAUGGUUUUUCGAAAAAAAGUAAAUGGUACCAUACAUCUUAAAACCCAGGGAUUUUUUUUUAACAGUUUCUAUAAAGCGAGGACACUAAACACGAAGUAUCUCAUACAUCGACCCGCCAUUUCCUAUCUAUCGCACGCGCAUAAUUAUAUCGCUGUCCCGCCCAUGAUGCCGGCGGUGAAUGCCACUGUGCGAGUGGGACAGCGAUAUAAUUAUGUACGUGCGAUAGAGAUAAGAAAUGGCUGGUCAAUGUCCUUCCUUUAACAUUUUACAUACACGAAAAAAAAGUUUAAAAUGGUUUUAGAACAGCUAAAAUUGUGUUAUAAUUGUAAAAGCUCGCUACGUUUACCCGAUACGUUUUACGUUAGUUCAAGAUACAGUAUUAUUAAAUAAUAGUGAAAUAUGUAGUUGGUCAAGCAAAUCCUAAUAACUGUUAUAAUAUUUUAUUAUUAUUAUUAUUUCUUUUUAGGUACUGUAUUAGCUUGACAUAUAAUUGUUAUGAAAAUUUUGUGUCCUGCACCUUUACCUUUCUGUAUGCAUGACAUUGACCUGUUAUUAUUAUUCUCUAUAUUUAUCUUUCAUCUUAGGCUAGGUUUUUAUAAUAUGGAUAUAAAAGUAAAAUACAAAAACACUUACAAAACAUUACAAAAAAAUAUAUAAACACAUUAUAAAAAACCUAACCUAGGGUACCGCCGGCAGCGGGGCAGGGCCCAAGCUGCCGGUGGUCAGGGCCGCAGAGAGAGGAACCGGCGGACUAUCCGCGCCGUGUCCAAGAUCACCGCCUUCUGCAUCUGACCCUUGAUCCAACCACCCAGCGAGAGUCUCUCUAGGUGUUGGUCGAGACUCUUCGCAAUGAGACCGUUCGCUGACACGACUAUAGGAACAAUGAUCGUCGAGUCAACAUUCCACAUGGCGGUUAUCUCGUGAGCCAAGUCUAGGUACUUGCUGGACUUGUCCUUCUCGGCCUUCACGUUAUUAUUCUCUAUUAUUAUUAUGAAUACUUAUUUUUUAGUCUGACAUUUUUAUACUUUCAUUUUAAUUUUAUAGGUUUUAAUGACAUGCACAUCGAGUCAAGAGUAUUGUACGCCAAAUUCAGGCUGAUUGUGAUGUAACCAAAUACUAACCCUACCACCAUCUAUAACCACUCACAUUCAAACAAUAAAAAUUUGUAUUGUAUUGUAAUCUUGUCAGUAGAAAAAGGCGCGAAAUUCAAAUUUUGAAAGAAAGAAAGAAAUCUUACGAAUCUCGAAUCGAACGAUAUCUUUUCGCGCCUACAUUUUUUUAAUUUGCCGCCUUUCUACUGGCACGAUUUGCUUGACCAACUAUAGUUAUCGACCGCACCCCUUGCCUCUUACACUUUAGUAUCCAUACAAAAUUGACACAAAAUAUACAGGGUGGCUAAAAAAUAAGUGCAUUCCCGUUGCCAGGGAGGUUUUAGGAUUAUACUGAGCAACUUUUACUAUGGGACCAACCACGAAAUCGCGAAAACAAAAUACCCUCCCAUAGAAAGUGGACCAGCCAAAAUGUUUGAAACAGAAUGUUUUUGCGAUUUCGGGGUUAGUCCCAUAGUAAAAGUUGCUCAGUAUAAUCUCAAAGCCUCCCUGGAAACGGGAAUGCACUUAUUUUUUAGCUACCGUGUAUAGAGAGCCUAUUUGUCCUACGUCCAACCGAUUUUUUAUUUCGGGCGUCCGCUAGCUGGCGCGGGCGCACGGAGCGGGUGAGCGGAUUAACGAAAAAUAGUAUGGGCAACGCUAACUGGCGCGGUCGCGUGCGACGGAUUUUACCAAUGGCACCCGCGUGCAGGGUUCGAAAGGAUAAUUAUCAAUGAUAGUUAUUUUUAAUAACAAAACUUCCGUGAGACACAGACCUAUUAAACAUAGUAAUAACGGGUCACUCACGUAUUUUAAGUCGAAAAACGCUCGACAUGUUUCACUCCCCGUAACCGAGGAGCGACCUCAGGAGCUUACCUAGUUUUAGGACUUAAAAUACGUGAGUGACCCGUUAUUAAUAUGUUUAAUAAUAGUUAUCUUGAUAAUUAUCGUGAUAUUUAUGCCUGAUAAUUAUCGAUUUGAUAAUAACCUAAAAUUUACGAAGAUUCUAAGACGAGAUUUAAAAAUUUACUAAAGAAGUCAAAGAAAAUAAAUAUAGCACCAUCUAUACCUGGGAUAAUUAUCAAAGACUAUAAUUAUCUGGAUAAUUUCGAACCUUGCCCGCGUGCGUACGCCCGCCCGCUCCGUGCACCCGCGCAAGGCAGCGGACGCGCUUAGUACCAAAUUGGUACAAAAGCGGAAUUCUUUGGAAAGUGACCAAUAACAAAUAAACUUUGGUUAGACCGGUAAUACUUAUUGGUUAUUUUGUCUAUUCAGGCGUCAAUAUGUAAUUAAAUAUAUGUGAAAGACAUGUUUGUUACGCCAUUUUAAAUGUCUUUUAAUGUCUGCAUAUAGAUGGCGUUAGUGUUGCUCACAAUUUAUUUUGGGUAAGACUAAAAAAGAAUCAUUUAAGUACUGAUUUACAAAAAAAUGUAAAAGAAACUACUCAAAAACAAUGAAAACGAAAUUUUGUAAGGAAAUUCCGUACAAAUGGUAUUUAUUUUCAUUGAUUUUGAUUAUAAAUUGACAUGAUUAAACAGUGAGUGACGAAUAUUUUUUGUCAAUAAUUUUGUAUUGGAACAAUAAAAUAAGUUUGCUGUUACAAGUAACUCUUUGAUUCCAGUCCACACAGAUGGAACUGCAUUUCAGCUGCAAUUUAUAAUAACAAAAAAAACUGCAAUGUGCCACCAGAGGCAGCACUAGCACAAACCGUAAACCAUAGAGUAACUUAUACAUAUACUAUGCCUUAAACAGUUUUUUGACAAGUUUUCACGAUUUUUUCUUACGAAUAAAAUAUGACAUUGAUACAUCAAAGCUAUUUGUUUACAUGUGCUAGUGGCGCCCCCUACGCAGAGUUUUGCGUAAUAUUCCCUACCUGACAGAAUCAAGAGUUUACUUCAAGCAAGUUGUGUUCAUACACUUUUGACCACAUAAGGCAACGUUUCUAAUGAGCCAAAACUCGAUAUGGAUCUGUUUUUUCCCACUUUGUAUUUUUUUGACUGCGUCAUCAGGGUACUUAAAAAGAUGACAAUCAUACAUCGAAAAACACCAAUAAAUAUUUAUCCGUAUGACAGAUGAUCGAGACGUAUGGAUAAGUCACGUGACUAUUUCCAUACAUUAUUAAGGUUAAGAUUGGCGUUCUAUCAACGAUUGUCAUUUUGGCUAGGCCCCCAGGUCAGAUCCAUCUUAGCGUAUUAUGGGUAUUAUCACGGAGGUAUGGACAUUUUCACUUAAAAGUGUAACAUUGUUUUUUUUAAUCUAUCAACUUUUGGGUUAUUCAUACCAAAGAUAGAUAUAACUCCGUAAUAGAUGGAUACAGUCUAAGAAAAAAACGUGUCUCGAAAAUCAAGAAAAUUUUAUUCUCGUUCAGAGGGCGCUACUAGCUUUGGCCUACAGUCGUAUAGAUGGCGUUGACAGUAUUGUUUGUUAUUUAACAAUUUUAACGCAUAUCAGUUAAAGAACAUGGGUCAAAAUCAUAAAAAUAAUUAAUGCAAAUAAAAAAAAUCAUUUAUCCAUAUUUAAAUAAAUUUUAUCGUAUUUUUAUGAAUCUUCAGUUUUAGUUUUAUCGAUAGAUGGCAGUGAAUUUUCUGUGGUUACAAAAUUUACUAUGACAGUACCGCUCUAGUAUAAGUUACUCUAUGUUCAUACUCAGAAUCACAAGGACUAUCGAUUUAAUAAAAAAAAGUCCCCAAAAUAUGUCAGUUGUGUAACGAAUUUUCACAUACAUUUUGUAUGGACCGUUACGAAACUGACCCUCAAAAUUUGUAUUAAAACUGGGGACACCUUUUUUCUUUGUCUCAUUCAAUAGUACUCGGGAUUCUCAGUCUAAAUAACCCAAAAGUUGGUUUUUCGAAUGAAAAGUAAUUUUUUUCUGAAAACCCCCGUAUCAUCUGAUAGACAACGGAAUGUGGUUCAAAUAGAGUAAAACCGUGUAAAACCUAUAUUUUAUAGUUCCAAUGCGUCGAUGUACAUUUUUGUAUAUUUUUAUUGUAUAGAUUAAGUUAUAUGAAUCUUACGUGAGUUACUUAUGAAAGAAAUCAUGAAUCGCAAGAAAUCAUAUUUUAAUUAUGUUCAUGUCAUGAGUUAUAAGAAUGAUUAAAUAGUACAUUUCUUGCUCUAACGGAAAUAUCAAGUAGAUUUUUUUAAUAUUCAGUAUUAUCUUUAGUACCAUACUGUUUUUUAUUUUUAAUGUACGUAAUAAAAUUGAACUUCAAUGGCAAGCUAAUGGAGUUAGAGCAAGAUUUGUGCUAUUAUGUGUGAAAUUUCAUUUGUUACAUUUUAAGAUCAAGGUUUCCAACAAAAAGCAUUUGGUGAAGUCUCUGGUCAUAUCAAAAAAUUAAUGUUUUCGUAGCACGUUUUCUGCUGUGUUACGUCUGUCCUCUCGUGCGUCGGAAGUGGAUUUGUGAAAUUUUAAUUAAUUUUUAAUUAGAGACCAAUAGGUACCAUAGAGAAGUAAGAGUACUCACUCCAUACAUGAGUUUCCUUACUUAAUAGUAAGUUGUAUAAGAGGUAUAAUAAAACGUAUUAAUAACAAAUUUUAAACUCUUUAAACGUAACACUUAUUAAGGCCAAAUCUUGUUAAAAAUAUGUUUACGCAAAGAUCCCUCCGUAGCGGUGCGCGGCAAUUACUAUGGCUAGACACCAAAAUUGGUGUCGGCCGCAUGUACUUGUAGCGACGCGACGAAUUCGCGGAGUGAGCCACGCCUGGUUAAAGUAGUAUGUGAUCUUAAAAUGAACAAUUGAAACAGUAAAUGUCAGCGUUAAAUAAUUAUAGUGAUGGAAGAUUAAAUGAUUGUCGAGGAGUGCGUUCGCGGCCCCGGCCGCUGUUUGUGAUGCAAAUGUUUAUCUUAUUUAUGUUUAGGCGGUUAAAUUAUUGUUUCACGUUUCCUAUAUUUUUGAAAAUAAUAAUUAGAUUAUAAAUAGAGA